UGUGACAUCUGUAAAAAGUGUUUUGCUUUCAAAUCUGCUUUUGAUGCUCACAUGAGAACUCAUACGGGUGAAAAGCCGUUUUCAUGUGUGAACUGUGGAAAAAGUUUUAGUCAAAAAGUUAAUUUAACUCAGCACAUGAUGAUUCACACUGGUGAAAAGCCGUUUUCAUGUGUGAACUGUGGAAAAAGUUUUAGUCAAAAAGUUAAUUUAACUCAGCACAUGAUGAUUCACACUGGUGAAAAGCCGUUUUCAUGUGUGAAUUGUGGAAAAGGUUUUAGUCAAAAAGUUAAUUUAACUCAGCACAUGAUGAUUCACACUGGUGAAAAGCCGUUUUCAUGUGUGAACUGUGGAAAACGUUUUAGUCAAAAACGGAAUUUAACUCAGCACAUGAUGAUUCACACUGGUGAAAAGCCGUUUUCAUGUGUGAACUGUGGAAAACGUUUUAGUCAAAAACGGAAUUUAACUCAGCACAUGAUGAUUCACACUGGUGAAAAGCCGUUUUCAUGUGUGAACUGUGGAAAAAGUUUUAGUCAAAAAGUUAAUUUACCUCAGCACAUGAUGAUUCACACAGUUGAAAAGCCUUUUUCAUGUGUGAACUGUGGAAAAGGUUUUAGUCAAAAACAGAAUUUAACUCAGCACAUGAUGAUUCACACUGGUGAAAAGCCGUUUUCAUGUGUGAACUGUGGAAAAAGUUUUAGUCAAAAAGUUAAUUUACCUCAGCACAUGAUGAUUCACACUGGUGAAAAACCAUUUUCAUGUGUGAAAUGUGGAGAAAGUUUUCGUCACAAGGUGAGUUUAAUUCACCACUUGAAGCGUCACACAGGUGAAAAGCAGUAGAAGUAUUUUCCAUACAUAUUCUAUGUUGAGGUUCACUAUAGAACUGAUUUGGUUUAAAACUAGAAUGAAAGACUGGAGGGGUUUCAUGUCUAUAAAGCUGAAAAUUGUUGUAUUUGUUAAAUGUGAUAAUUUGGAUACUUAAAGAUGUGCAACCAUGACACAUUUUCCUUCAGAGAUGCUUUCUUGUUUUUUUUGGUAUAUUCUGUAUCAAUAAACA